AUGAGUGAUAUUGGAGGUAAUAAAGGUGCGUUACACCCGGAACCAAAGAAAUGGAAGAUUCCAAAGGGUCCAAAGCCAAUUCUGCAUAAAAAUAAGAACACUAUUGGUUUGGGUAGGACAAUUGCAAACCAAAAGAGGGCAGAGAAUAAGAUCUCUUUCUUGCCAGAUGGUGAAAUGAGAUUCACAACUGAUAAGAGGGAAGCUGAUUGGGUGAAGUUGAGAUCUGUGACACAAGAAAAUGCUUUAGAUGAAUUUUUAAAUACUGCUGAGUUAGCUGACACAGAUUUCACAGCAGAAAAGAAUCAGCAAGUCAAAAUCAUUAAAAUAGGAAAUACUUCUAUUGUUAAUCAAAAUGGGUUAUUGACCCAGGAAGAAACAUUGGAAUUACGUAGAAAGCAUAAAAUCUUUGAGAAUAAGUUGACAGUUCCAAGAAGACCACAGUGGAAUAAGAAUCAACUGAAGUUAGAAAUUGAAAGACAAGAAAACUUAGCUUUCUUGCAAUGGAGACGUGAAUUGGCAUCACUUACUGAAAAUAAUGAUUUAUUAUUAACACCAUUUGAAAGAAAUAUUGAAGUUUGGAGACAAUUGUGGAGAGUUGUCGAAAGAUGUGAUUUGAUUGUUCAGAUUGUGGAUGCCAGAAAUCCAUUGUUAUUCAGAUCUAUUGAUCUUGAAAAAUACGUUCAGGAAUUAAGUAAACCUGAUGAUAAUGCAACCAAAAAGAACUUAUUGUUGGUCAACAAAGCGGAUUUAUUAACAAGAGAACAAAGAAUUCAAUGGUCUGAUUAUUUUAUUUCACAGAAUAUUAAUUACGUAUUUUUCUCUGCUUCUAAAGCUAAUGAGUUAUUAGAAGAAGAACAAGAGAAUUUAGAAGAAUCACAAAGAGAUCCUAAUUAUACCCCUGAAAGAAAGGUGGAAGAUGAACCAGAAGAAGUUGAUUCUAAGAUAAGGAUCUUGACGAUUAAUGAAUUAGAGAACCUUUUCUUGACAUCAUCUCCAUCAUUCGAAAAAUCAGAAGAAUUCCCAGAUCGUAAACUUCAAAUCGGUUUAGUUGGUUAUCCAAACGUCGGUAAGUCAUCUACUAUCAAUGCAUUAGUUGGUUCUAAAAAAGUGUCAGUUUCGGCUACUCCAGGUAAGACUAAACAUUUCCAAACUAUACAUUUAUCCCCAGAGGUAUUGUUGUGUGAUUGUCCAGGUUUAGUUUUCCCAAACUUUGCUUACACUAACGGAGAAUUGGUUUGUAAUGGUGUUUUGCCAAUUGAUCAGUUAAGGGAACAUAUCCCACCGGUUUCUAUCGUCUGUCACAGAGUCCCUAAGUUCUACCUUGAAGCAUUUUAUGGUAUUCAUAUCCCAAUUCAAAAGGUUGAAGAUGGUGGUAAUGGUGUAUAUGCAAGUGCAAGAGAGUUAUUAAAUGCGUAUGCCAGAGCCAGAGGUUUUAUGACCCAAGGUUUUGGUAGUGCGGAUGAAUCUAGAGCAAGUAGAUAUAUCUUGAAAGAUUAUGUUAGUGGGAAAUUAUUGUUUGUAAGUCCACCACCAAGAAAGGUAAACGAUGAUGAGUGGGAUUUACCAAGCAACGAAGAAGCUAGAGAGUUAAACAAGGAAUUAUAUUCUUUACGUACAUUACCAGAAUCAAGACAACACCAAAUAUUAAGUGCAUUGUCUUCCAAGAAUGUCAAUCCUGAAGAUUUUGACUUAUCAAAAGGAUUAGCUGGCUUAAAUUUUUCGAUGCAUAUAGGUGACAAGUCAUCAUCAGAUAUAAUCGAUUCAGAGAAUACCAAAAAGAACUCCGGAGCAAGGACCAUUUUCUAUGGUGGUAAGCAAGCUUCUUUGGAAAGCGCUGGUGAUGAUUUAGAUCGUGAAUUCUUCAAGAUGAACAAUGUUCAAGGAAAGCUUAGCAAGCCUUUCCACGCCGCUAGCGAUAAUGGCAAUGGUAAGAACAAGAAACACGGGAAAAAGAAUAAAAAGGCUGACAAGAAGACAAGAGUGGUAGGAUACUAA